GCGAGGGGGGGAUUGUCCAUCCUAGCGCUGUGCUCUGCUGCCACCUUGGCCGCGCCGCGGGACGUGCAGGCGGCCCCGCGGAGCUCGGGCUGCGCGCCCGCGGAGCGCUCCUGCCCUGCCCGGCCUGCGGAACCUCCCUCGGACAGCGCUACUGGCGGCCCCGCCCGCGGCACUGCCGUCACCAACUGGACAGGGAUAUUUGUGAUGUCCAAAGGCCUUAUCUUACACAUCUAAUGAAGAAAGCACUGAAAUUCCCAUUCACACACAUCUACCUGCCUCUCCAUCCUUCCUACAGCAUGACCACAGGGGCUCUGGAAGGACCUCCCGGAAUACCAGCUGCAGGCAGAGUUAAUAACCUGUAAAAGAGCUGAUUCUGGAGAUCUGAGUGAAAUGGCACUUUUGAAAUCGUGCUUUUAACCGCUGGGGAAAGUGCAGAAGCUCUGUAUACGUGCAUAUAAGAGGAACUCGUGCCAUGCAGAUGAGUUUGCAGACGCGGUGACAGAGAGGGACCGCAGGUGAGUCCCCAGCGAUCUGCUUUGCCAAGAGGAUUUUCCAGCCCCUAAUCACAGAAAAGCCCUCCAUCUGCUCCCCAGAGCUGGCGGUUCUCAUCUGUUUCAAGUGAAAAUAACCAAGAAUGUAAAAUGGCAGGUAAAAAAGAAUGCCCAGCCAAGUAGCCGCGUUGUCCUGCAUUCCCCCCAGCCAGCAUUCCCCGGUGCUGGGGUCUCGCUCCCCGGGCGAGAGAAAGAGCUGCAAAGGGUUAAGCCGCUGACUUUCUCGCUAGGCAAAGUUUGAGGAAGAAUAUGUCUGAGGCUGGAUACGCCGCAGCCCCGCGUUUGAAAUCUGUCACCCUCACUUAGGAGCGCUGCAUCUCUGCUUGUCACCGGUGAAUAAUGACGGCACGGCGAUAAGAUCGCUCGGCGGCGGUGCGCCGGGGCCGCCUGCGGGAAGAGAAGACAGGAAAUUGCGAGGCGUUUAGCCGCUUCAACGGGGUGUUCCUCUGUGUCAUCGGUGGGUGUCAGGGUCAAAUGACCGGCUGGAGAGCAGUUUGGCAAGAUAAUUUCUUUCCUCCUUUCCUUGAGAGCAACCUUGGGUGUUGGUGACCAGCUAUGGAAAACAGAGACCUCGGUGGUGAACCUUAACACAGUACCAUGCUGGAGCCCAGCCGUGCUGCCACUUUCUCCCCUUUCAACCUGCCGGACCCGGUGGGCUUUGGGUGACCUACCGAGGAGGAACCCACUUCCGCAGGAGCAGGUAACGCCUGAUUAAGUCACUUUCUGGAUUGGCACAGUCUUGAUUUGACCAAAACGCGUCCUGAGUAUCAUUCACUGGUUUGAAGUAUAAACUGGUUGAGGGUCCAGGGACCGGGAGAGGAACAGGAAUAAUUCCGCCUUAUCCCUCUGAGACUGGGGAGCAGGGCAACUGCCUGCAGCCUUGCAGAAGUUUUUAACAUUCCCACUGUCCUCCCUCAUUAGGGGCACAGAGGGCAGAAAUACUUGUGAUCGACAAUGGCCAGCUCUGCCUCCUGUGCUGACGACAGGUUGCUAGUAUCGGGGACGUGGAAAACAGAGGGACAGGUGGAUUACACAUGAGAAAGAGAGGUUUGUCCGCCAGAAAAUGCACUGGCUGUCCAUCAGUUCAUGAAGGUGAUAUAAAUCAUAUUUAAAUAAGAACUCUGAAAAGUAUGCACAGGGGCUAAGAAAGAAAGAAAGAAAGAUCUUAAAAAGUAAAAAAAAAAAAAAAAAAAAAAACAAAAAAAAAAAAAAACCAACAAACUAGAACAUUAGCCUUUGUACUCUACAGGACUCCUGAUCCUUUCAUCCCUCGGGACCAGCUGGCAGCUGCGAGCAGUUUCGACCACAGAGCAGCCCCUGCUCCGGGGCGGGGAUGCGGGCUCUGACCGAGGGGCUGACCGGUGUCACACCCUCUUCUUGCCGGCCGGCCGGGACCCGCGGAGGGCCGCGGGCUGCCUCCCCUCCAUCCUGGGGGCGUAAAGCGGGAGGGAAGCGGGGGUCUCCUCCUUAACUCCCUUCCUCUUGCUGAGUCCCCUGAGAAAUGCUGGCUACCUGCGCUCCCCGUCCGUGCUCGCUCCCCACCCCCAUCGCUCCGCGUAGGUGAGGGCACAAGUCCUCCUCCGAGCGAGCAGGCGGCUCGGCUCGGCUCGGCUCGGCUCGGCUCGGCUCCGCGCUGUCCGUACGCGGGGACUCUCGGAGCCCCCUCGGGGGGCAGGAGGUGGAGGGCAGGGCGAGUGCGGGGCAGGAGGUGCGCCGAGCACACGGCGCUGGGCUGGCCCUCGCCUCGCCGGGCUCCUCGGUACGGCUCUAUUGAGCCUUUGAAGUCGUGAGUGGUUUAGCCCCCCCAAGCGCAGGGCGAAGGAGGCGCGGAGCUAAUAGCGAGUGAUUCAGCUUAUGAGGCAGACCAGAUCUGGCAGAUAGCGAAUAUGAGGACUUUGCUGACUUCAGAAAGCUGACAGAAGCCAACAGACUUCAGUGAAAUACACCUCCAAGCACAGAGACUUUUGGUAGCUUUAAAGUAACCUGUGGGUCAUUUGCAAAGACAUGGCUACUGGUUCUUUCAGCACACAUGGAGGAAGGCAACAAACAUUGUAACCCUGGCUAAUAAGACUGUGUUUUCCUUAUCAGAAGUAGGAGGCAGGCCAAUUAUAAAAGGAUUAUUUUAUGCUUAGCCUCCAAAACUUUAACUCUGGCCUGAACACUGGACAUAAAUAGAAGCCAAUUUUAAUGACCUGAGAUUUUGUUACCUGUGUUACCUAUUAUUGUUAUCAGUUCUUAAACACUUUGGUACUUUAUUUCUUUAAAUCAGAAAUGGGUUUGUGGACUAAAAUGUGGCCCACAGAUUGGGCUCUUCUCAUGAAAUCAUGGCUUAUCUUUUCCCUGGGGCUCUACAUGCAGGUCUCCAAAACUCUGGCCUGCCCAAAAGUUUGCCGCUGUGACCGAAACUUUGUCUACUGUAAUGAACGAAGCUUGACCUCAGUGCCUCUUGGGAUACCGGAGGGUGUAACCGUCCUCUACCUCCAUAAUAACCAAAUUAAUAAUGCUGGAUUUCCUGCAGAGUUGCACAAUGUCCAGUCUGUGCACACAGUCUACCUGUAUGGCAAUCAAUUGGAUGAAUUCCCCAUGAACCUGCCCAAGAAUGUCAGGGUUCUCCACCUGCAGGAAAACAACAUUCAGACCAUUUCACGUGCUGCUCUUGCUCAGCUUUUGAAGCUGGAAGAACUGCACCUGGAUGACAACUCCAUCUCCACUGUUGGCGUUGAGGAUGGGGCAUUCCAGGAAGCCAUCAGCCUCAAGCUUCUGUUCUUGUCCAAGAAUCACUUAAGCAGUGUGCCAGUAGGCCUUCCGCUGGACUUACAAGAACUUCGCGUAGACGAAAACCGAAUUGCCGUCAUUUCAGACCUGGCCUUCCAGAAUCUUACAAGUCUGGAGCGUCUGAUCUUGGAUGGCAAUCUCCUCACUAAUAAAGGCAUAGCUGAAGGCACUUUUAGCCACCUCUCCAAGCUCAAGGAAUUCUCAAUAGUUCGGAAUUCACUGACUCACCCUCCUCCUGAUCUUCCAGGUACACAUCUGCUAAGACUUUACUUGCAGGACAACCAGAUUACCCAUAUACCACUUACAGCCUUUUCAAACCUCCACAAACUGGAACGUCUUGAUAUUUCCAACAAUCAACUUCGGAUGUUGGCAAAGGGAGUAUUUGAUAAUCUCCAUAGUUUGAGACAACUCACUGUAAGGAAUAAUCCCUGGUUGUGUGACUGCAGCAUUAAGUGGGUCACUGAAUGGCUCAAAUUUAUUCCUUCUUCCAUCAAUGUCCGUGGUUUUAUGUGCCAGGGACCAGAGCAGGUCCGAGGUAUGGCAGUCAGGGAGCUCAAUAUGAAUAUGUUGUCAUGCCCCACCACCACUCCUGGUCUGCCACCUAUCAUCACCCCAGUCCCAGCUACAACCAUGCCAACUACAUUAGUUCCCAGCCCAUCAUUUCCUUCCUCAAGUAGUAAAUAUAUUCCUCUCACUCCCAUCAUAGCCACACUCCCCACUGUGCCUGACAGGGAGGACAGAGAAAGGGUGACACCUCCUUUGUCUGAUUGGAUUCAGCUCUCCAUCCACUUUGUGAAUGACACUUGUAUCCAAGUCAACUGGAUGUCACUUUUUACCGUGAUGGCAUAUAAACUCACAUGGGUUAAAAUGGGCCAUAGUCUGGUAGGAGGAAUUGUUCAUGAACGAAUAAUUAGUGGUGAGAAGCAGCAAUCGAGCUUGGUAAAUCUGGAGCCCAAAUCCACUUACCGGAUUUGUUUGGUUCCACUGGAUACUUAUAACAACUACCGAACUGGAGAAGAAACUGUCUGUUCAGAAGCCACAACCAAGGCUUCCUUUUUCAAUGGCAGCAACAUCCCUUCCAGCCAUGAGCAGACGACUUCUCAGAACCUAGGCUCCCCAUUUCUGCUGGCAGGGUUGAUUGGGGGUGCAGUGAUAUUUGUCCUCGUGGUCUUGCUCAGCAUUUUUUGCUGGCACAUGCACAAAAAAGGUCGUUACACCUCCCAGAAGUGGAAAUAUAACCGGGGCCGUCGGAAAGACGACUACUGUGAGGCAGGGACCAAGAAGGACAACUCCAUCCUGGAGAUGACGGAAACCAGCUUCCAGAUUGUCUCCUUAAAUAAUGAUCAGCUCCUUAAAGGAGAUUUCAGACUGCAGCCCAUUUAUACCCCAAACGGGGGCAUUAACUACACAGACUGCCACAUCCCCAACAACAUGCGAUACUGCAACAGCAACGUCUCAGACCUGGAGCACUGUCAUACGUGAUAGUGAGGGACCAUGGGGGUCUCUAGGAUAAGGAGAAAAAACUCUAGAAAAAAUAAGCCCCCCAAGAAUAAUGAAAAAAAUUACAUUUGAUAAAUGUUACACAGAUGCAUUUAUGCAUUUGAAUACUCUGUAAUUUAUACGGUGUACUAUAUAAUGGGAUUUAAAAAAAAAGUGCUAUCUUUUCUAUUUCAAGUUAAUUGCAAAUGGUUUUGUAACUCUUUGCUUUUUAAAUCUUUAAAAACUAUUGCUGAGUACUGUACAGGGUUGUACAAUAAGAACCCAAUGUCAUGGCAAAGGAAAGAAUGACUCAUUCUUCAAACAUUAACCACUUUGCUGUCGAAGCAGUCUGAGGGAUGUUAAGUUUCUAGGUGGCCUGUAAUACAGGAAAAUAAGUGCAUAUUAAAGCAGGGUUACUAGGAACAGAUAAAAGCAAUUCAGAUAAAAUGGGCACAACCCUUCUGACUUGAACCCAGCAGUUGCUGUUGGGCUUCAAACAAUUGGAAAUAUAUCCCUCCCUCUUUAUCAGGUCUGCACUUCUCACCUCCAACUGAAAGCUGGAGUUCUGAGUGCUGCCAAAAAAGCUACUCUCUUGUUUGAUUAGCUUCUUUCAAUCUAUUUGGAAUAGGAAACGUGGAAAGAACUCAGUGUCAAAAUGACCUUGAUUCCUAUUUGCAAAAGUUGCCCCAAAAAUGUCCCCAAUACUAUAUACUUUAUCUCAGAAACUGUUUGCGCUUUUCAGUAGGAUUAAGAAGCUUUAGGCAUUCUCUGACCCUUCUCAGUGGGAGGUGAAGGUUAUGUAACAGCACAUAACAGAGAGCUGUCAUUAAGUUGCACCUCUCAAUAGAGCAUCAUUUGUUGACAGCGUGUUCAGGUAAGGCCAGAAUGAGGGAAAUUCUGAGUGCUCCCAGCUCUGCAGUAUUCAUGUAUGUGUUCAUGUAAUUUGAAAUCUAAAAGUGCAUAUUGCUGAAAAUGUGGUGCAAAAUAUAAUGGCAAUGCAAAGGUUUUGCUAAUAAUUUUUAUGGUUCAAGCCUUGUUUGACUUAGGGGCCUGAGUUAUGUUCAGUAUGGAGAAAUAGGAGAAAAAAAAGACAAAAAGAAAAAACAAACAAGAAAUAUAUUGUAAAAACUUAUUUAGUACUGGGAAGACCUUGAGGGCUAUUAUAAACUGAAAUAUCUUCAAUGGGGAAAAUCAUGUACAAAUCUUUGUGGGUUUUGUUUGUUUGUUUGUUUUGCUUUUUUUCCUUCCCAAUUAAAGUGUACAGAGACUGA